AUGGGGCUAAGAGGGGCCAGCCUCUUCCUACUCUGGCUGGCACUUUGCUGCGCCAACGAAAUAAGAACAGGAAGGACAAGAAACCAUGGCCACUCUGUCUGCAGCACCUGGGGGAACAACCACUUCAAAACCUUUGAUGGAGAUGUCUACCAGUUCCCUGGCCUUUGCGAGUAUAAUUUUGCCUCUGACUGCCAAGGGUCUUACAAGGAGUUCUCUGUCCACAUUCAGCGUGCUCUGAACAGCAACAACCACCCUCAGAUCCAGUACAUCCUGCUGACAGUCAAGGACUUCACAGUCUACCUCAGACCAAAAGUGGCUGUGGUGGAUGGGAAGAUUGUGAAGACACCUUACUACAGCUCUGGUUUGUUCAUUGAGAGCAGUGACAUCUACACCAAGGUGUAUGCCAAAUUUGGCCUGAGCCUGAUUUGGAACCAGGAAGAUGCGCUGAUGGUGGAGCUGGACAGCAAAUUUGCUAACCGUACCUGUGGUCUCUGCGGGGAUUACAAUGGAAUUCCCAUCUACAAUGAGUUUAUCAAUGGAGAUGCCAGCUACAAUUCAAUCACAUAUGGAAAUUUGCAGAAGAUCCACAAACCCAAUGCCAAAUGUGAGGAUCCUGAUGAAACUCGAGCCCUUCCAAGCUGUAACGAGCAUCGCGAUGAGUGCGUGAGGCUGCUGACCUCCUCCGCCUUUGCUGACUGCCGGUUGCGCCUCAACCUGGAGAUGUACAUCCAAGCCUGCAUGCAGGACAAGUGUGCCUGCAAGGGAGAAGAGGACUCCUUCUGCCUCUGCAGCACCAUCUCUGAGUACUCCCGCCAGUGUUCGCACGCCGGUGGCCGGCCGGGAGAGUGGAGGACGCAGAACUUCUGCCCCAAGACCUGUCCAAAGAACAUGGUCUACAGAGAAAGCAGCUCCCCCUGCAUGGAUACUUGCUCACACUCAGAAGUCAGCAGCCUUUGUGAGGAGCACUACAUGGAUGGAUGUUUCUGCCCUGAAGGAACUGUGUACGAUGACAUCACUGAUGGAGGCUGCAUAGCACGCAGCCAAUGCUCCUGCAAGCUCCAUGGGAAGCAGUAUGCACCUGGGCAAAACAUUACCAAUGAGUGUGAAGAAUGCACCUGCAAUUCAGGCAGAUGGACAUGCAAAGACUUGCCCUGCCCAGGCAAAUGCUCAGUGGAAGGAGGUUCCCAUAUCACCACCUUUGAUGGGAAGAAGUACACCUUCCAUGGAGACUGCUACUACGUGUUGGCCAAGGGUACUGCAAAUGAGAGCCACGCACUCCUGGCAGAGCUGGCUCCCUGCGGCUCCACAGACAAGCAGAGCUGUUUGAAGACUGUUGUGCUGUUGGCUGAUCACAAAAAAAAUGUGGUGGUUUUCAGACCCGAUGGCAGCGUGUUACUGAAUGACAUGACAGUGAAUGUGCCUCAUGUGUCAGCCAGCUUCUCCGUUUUCAAGCCAUCUUCCUACUACCUCAUUGUCCAGACUGCUGUUGGGCUUCAGCUGCAGAUUCAGCUGUCUCCAGUCAUGCAGCUCUUUGUGACUGUGGAUCAGUCAGUUCAAGGGAAAGUCCAAGGUCUCUGUGGAAACUUCAACGGAAUGGAAGGUGAUGACUUCAAAACAAGCAGUGGGCUGGUAGAAGCUACAGGCUCUGCCUUUGCUAACACAUGGAAAGCUCAAUCCAUCUGUGCAGACCAGGCAGAAAAGCUGGAAGACCCUUGCAGCCUCAGCAUUGAAAGUGCAAAUUAUGCUGAGCAUUGGUGUUCUUUACUGAAAGACCCAGAAGGUCCUUUUGCAAGGUGCCACGAAGCUGUUGACCCUUCUGAAUACUACAAGAAAUGCAAGUAUGACACCUGCCUCUGUGAAGACAGUGAAGAGUGCUUGUGUGGUGCCCUGUCCUCUUACUCCAGAGCCUGUGCUUUCAAAGGCAUCAUACUGGGAGGCUGGAGAGACACUGUCUGCACUCGUGAAGUCUCUGCCUGCCCAGGAAACCAAAUCUUCCUCUACAACCUGACGCUGUGCCAGCAGACCUGCCGCUCCCUGGCCGACGGAGAAAAGCAUUGCCCGCAAGACUUCGCUCCUGUGGACGGCUGCGGCUGCCCCUACGGUACCUACUUGGACAACCAUGAUAGCUGUGUGCCUGUCUCCAAGUGCCCAUGCUACUACAAGGGAACGUACCUGGAACCAGGGCAGUAUGUCACAAAGGAUGGAGAGCGCUGUGUGUGCCGAAAUGCAAGGGUCCAGUGCACUUCAGUGAAACUAAGAACCAAAAGUCUAACAGAGUGUUCUUCUAAGAAGCUGUACUUUGACUGCAGUGCAUCAAACUGGACUUCCCAAACACCUGUACAGCUGAGCUGCCAUACUCCUCAAACUGAGCAUUUCCAGGCAGAGUGUGUCUCAGGCUGUGUGUGCCCUCAAGGUCUGUAUGAUGAUGGGAGAGGAGGCUGUGUGGAGCACAAGGACUGCCCAUGCAUUCACAACAACCAGUGGUAUUCUUCUGGACAGAAGAUAAAAGUGGACUGCAACACCUGCACCUGCCAAAAAGGAGUUUGGACCUGCUCUGAAAAUUCAUGCUUCGGGACUUGUAUGAUCUAUGGAAGUGGGCAUUACAUCACCUUUGAUGGGAAAUUCUAUGACUUUGAUGGCAGCUGUGAAUAUGUGGCUACUCAGGAUUUUUGUGGUGACAGAAAGUCCAGCGGCUCCUUCAGCAUCAUCACUGAGAAUGUGCCUUGUGGAACUACAGGAGUCACCUGCUCAAAGGCUAUUAAGAUAUUUCUUGGGAAAACUGAGCUGAAAUUGGAGAACAAGGAUUACAAGGAAAUUCAGCGCGACGUUGGGGACGACGUGCGCUAUUGGAACAGGACUGUCGGCCUCUACCUCGUUAUUGAAGCCAGCAAUGGUGUGAUGCUUAUCUGGGAUAAGAAGACCACUGUUUUCAUCAAGCUGACCCCUGAUUUCAAGGGCCAAGUGUGUGGUCUGUGUGGCAACUUUGAUGGCAAAUCAAACAACGACUUUACAACAAGGAGUGGACUGCAGGAGACCAAUGCUUUGAAAUUUGGGAAUUCCUGGAAGCAGUCUUCAAUGUGCCCAGAUGCCACAUAUGAGAUUAAGCCCUGUGACCUGAAGCCCCAUCGGAAGUCCUGGGCAGAGAAAGAAUGCAGCAUCAUCCAGAGUAAAAUCUUCAAAAUCUGUCACUCCAAGGUGGACCCAAAACCUUUCUAUGAGGCUUGUGUUCAUGAUGCCUGCUCUUGCGACAGCGGUGGAGAUUGUGAGUGCUUCUGUUCUGCAGUUGCUGCAUAUGCUCAAGAGUGUACCAAGGCUGAGGCUUGUGUCUUCUGGAGAACUCCUGAUAUAUGCCCAAUAUUCUGUGACUACUACAACCCUCGUGAUAUGUGUGAAUGGCACUAUGAGCCUUGUGGCAAAGAGAUCAUGACCUGCAGGGUGAUUAAUAAUGUCAGCACCAACUUCACAGUGCCAUACCUGGAAGGUUGCUACCCCAGGUGCCCUCCAGAGAAGCCUGUGUAUAAUGAAGAGACAAAGGAGUGUGUCAAGGCAGAUGAAUGUGGCUGUUACAUCAAUGGAACUUACAUCCCUGUUGGGAAUGAGACAACCACAGAAGAGAAUUGCACAAAAUGUGUCUGCAGCCCCUCAGGAUCAAUCGAGUGCACACCAAUCCCAGGCUGUCCUUGUGUUGUCAAUGGAACAAGAUACGAAGUGGGCGAAGUUGUGGCCAACGUACAGAAUGGUGAAAUAUGCACCAUAUACAUCUGUGCAGAGAAUGGCUCUGUGGUUAUUGGAAAUACUUAUCCUUGUCCAACAUCCUCCCCGACCACCACUUCCACCCCUACUCCUAGCACCACUCCUACCACCACAGUUACAACUACAAGACCUCCAAUCACUUCAACUCCAUGCUUUGAGUUAGUCUGUGACUGGACCCAGUGGUUCGAUGCUAGCAAUCCAGAAGUGGAUGGCGGUGACUACGAAACCUACGAGGCCAUAAGGAAGAAAUAUGGAGACAAAAUCUGUAAAGCUCCUGAGAAAAUUGAGUGCAGGGCUAAAGAUAUGCCUGAUGUGAGCAUAGAGGAACUUGGCCAGAAAGUAGAGUGCAACGUGUCUUACGGACUGAUCUGUAACAACAAGGAUCAAGAUGUGACUAUGUGGGAACUCUGCUACAAUUAUGAAAUCAGGGUAAACUGCUGCAAGGAGCGAGAAACCUCUUGUGAGACCAAACCAACUUCAACACCAACUACAACCACUUCCAGCACAACAGUACCCACCCCCUCUACAACCAGGCGCACCACCACCACAACGCUUCCUCCCAGCACCACCACCACCACGCCGUCUCCUCCCAGCACCACCACCACCACGCCGUCUCCUCCCAGCACCACCACCACGCCGUCUCCUCCCAGCACCACCACCACCACGCCGUCUCCUCCCAGCACCACCACCACCCACCACCACCACCACAGUGCCUCCUCCCAGCAGCACCACCACCGGCACCCCUAUAGCUGCCGCUGGACCGACUGGAUUGAUGUGAGUUACCCAGCUCCUGACAGAGACAGUGGUGACUACGAAACCUUUGAAAACAUUGAAAACAAAAUCCCCUCCUGGGAGUGUGCCAAAGUGGAGAACAUUUCCUGCAGAGCAACAAAAUUCCCUAUCACUCCCAUUGAAAACUUAGGGCAGAAGGUGGAAUGCAGUGUGCAGCACGGCCUGAUCUGUAACAACAAGGACCAGACGCUGGGAGGGAUAAUUCCAAUGCCUGUCUGCCUCAACUACGAGAUCAGUGUCUGCUGCACCCCUAACAUCCCAGAGUGUAUUCCAGGACCUAGCAGCACCCCAGUCACAACCACCACCACUACAACCACCACCACCACCACCACCACGCCGUCUCCUCCCAGCACCACCACCACCACGCCGCCUCCUCCCAGCACCACCACCACCACGCCGUCUCCUCCCAGCACCACCACCACGACUCUUCCUCCCAGCACCACCACCACCACGCCGUCUCCUCCCAGCACCACCACCACCACGCCGUCUCCUCCCAGCACCACCACCACCACGCCGUCUCCUCCCAGCACCACCCCUCCCAGCACCACCACCACCACGCCGUCUCCCCCCAGCACCACCACAACGCUUCCUCCCAGCACCACCACCACGCCGUCUCCCCCCAGCACCACCACCACCACGCCGUCUCCCCCCAGCACCACCACCACCACGCCGUCUCCCCCCAGCACCACCACGACGCUUCCUCCCAGCACCACCACCACCACGUCUCCUCCCAGCACCACCACCACAACGCUUCCUCCCAGCACCACCACCACGCCGUCUCCUCCCAGCACCACCACCACGACUCUUCCUCCCAGCACCACCACCACGACGUCUCCUCCUAACUGUAGCUGCCGCUGGACCGACUGGAUUGAUGUGAGUUACCCAGCUCCUGACAGAGACAGUGGUGACUACGAAACCUUUGAAAACAUUGAAAACAAAAUCCCCUCCUGGGAGUGUGCCAAAGUGGAGAACAUUUCCUGCAGAGCAACAAAAUUCCCUAUCACUCCCAUUGAAAACUUAGGGCAGAAGGUGGAAUGCAGUGUGCAGCACGGCCUGAUCUGUAACAACAAGGACCAGACCCCGGGAGGGAUAAUUCCAAUGCCUGUCUGCCUCAACUACGAGAUCAGUGUCUGCUGCACCCCUAACAUCCCAGAGUGUAUUCCAGGACCUAGCAGCACCCCAGUCACAACCACCACCACUACAACAACCACCACCACGUCGCCUCCUCCCAGCACCACCACCACGACGCUUCCUCCCAGCACCACCACGCCUCCUCCAAGCACCACCACCACCACCACGUCUCCUCCCAGCACCACCACCACCACGCCGUCUCCUCCCAGCACCACCACCACGCCGUCUCCCCCCAGCACCACCACCACCACGCCGUCUCCUCCCAGCACCACCACGCCGUCUCCUCCCAGCACCACCACCACCACGCCGUCUCCUCCCAGCACCACCACCACCACGCCGCCGCCUCCCAGCACCACCACCACCACGCCGUCUCCUCCCAGCACCACCACCACCACGCCGUCUCCUCCCAGCACCACCACCACGCCGCCUCCUCCCAGCACCACCACCACCACCACGUCUCCUCCUAGCACCACCACCACCACGCCGUCUCCUCCCAGCACCACCACCACCACGCCGUCACCUCCCAGCACCACCACCAUGCCGUCUCCUCCCAGCACCACCACCACCACGUCUCCUCCCAGCACCACCACCACAACGCUUCCUCCCAGCACCACCACCACGCCGUCUCCUCCCAGCACCACCACCACCACGCCGUCUCCUCCCAGCACCACCACCACGCCGUCUCCUCCCAGCACCACCACCACCACGGCGUCUCCUCCCAGCACCACCACCACCACGCCGUCACCUCCCAGCACCACCACCACGACUCUUCCUCCCAGCACCACCACCACAACGUCUCCUCCUAGCACCACCACCACGACGUCUCCUCCCAGCACCACCACCACCACACCGUCUCCUCCCAGCACCACCACCACCACGCCGUCUCCUCCCAGCACCACCACCACGCCGUCUCCUCCCAGCACCACCACCACCACGGCGUCUCCUCCCAGCACCACCACCACCACGCCGUCACCUCCCAGCACCACCACCACGACUCUUCCUCCCAGCACCACCACCACAACGUCUCCUCCUAGCACCACCACCACGCCGUCACCUCCCAGCACCACCACCACGACUCUUCCUCCCAGCACCACCACCACGACGUCUCCUCCUAGCACCACCACCACCACAGUGCCUCCUCCCAGCAGCACCACCACCGGCACCCCUAUAGUGUGUCCCCCAGACUGUAGCUGCCGCUGGACCGACUGGAUUGAUGUGAGUUACCCAGCUCCUGACAGAGACAGUGGUGACUACGAAACCUUUGAAAACAUUGAAAACAAAAUCCCCUCCUGGGAGUGUGCCAAAGUGGAGAACAUUUCCUGCAGAGCAACAAAAUUCCCUAUCACUCCCAUUGAAAACUUAGGGCAGAAGGUGGAAUGCAGUGUGCAGCACGGCCUGAUCUGUAACAACAAGGACCAGACGCUGGGAGGGAUAAUUCCAAUGCCUGUCUGCCUCAACUACGAGAUCAGUGUCUGCUGCACCCCUAACAUCCCAGAGUGUAUUCCAGGACCUAGCAGCACCCCAGUCACAACCACCACCACUACAACCAUCACCACCACGCCGCCUCCUCCCAGCACCACCACCACCAUCACCACCACCACGACACCUCACCCCGAACCCACCACCACGACACCUCCACCCAGCACCACCACCAGGGCUACAACAACGCCAGAGCCAACCACCUCAGAGCAAGUCACCACCUCUGGUACAACUCCAACAGUAUCUAUUACCACCACUUCAGGAACAACCUCUAGCAGCAUUGGUACAGUCACUUCUACCACCACCACCACCACCAUCUCAACUAUUACUUCUAGGCCAACCGCCACAUCAAGUGCAGUCACCAUCCCGGGAACUUCUACUCCGAGCACAGUUACUCCACACACUCCAACUACACCUUCACCACCAACCACUCCUGGAAAGAAUUGUUCUAUCUCACCCAAUGAAUCUUAUGUGCCAGGAGAGACAUGGUGGCUCUGUGAAUGCAUUAAGGCAGUGUGUAUUGAAGAUGAUAAAAUCCAAGUGGUUCCUGUGGUCUGUGAUCCACCUCCUAAGCCUACAUGUUCCAAUGGGCUUUCUCCUGUGCAAGUCAUUGAUGAGGAUGGAUGCUGCUGGCACUGGGAGUGUGACUGCUACUGCACUGGCUGGGGAGACCCCCACUACGUGACUUUUGAUGGACUGUACUACAGCUACCAAGGAAACUGUACCUAUGUCCUGGUGGAAGAGAUUAACAAGAAAGUGGACAACUUUGGUGUCUACAUUGAUAACUACCACUGUGAUGCAAGGGAUGUGGUCUCCUGUCCUCGGACCCUCAUUGUGAGGCACGAGACUCAGGAAGUGCGCAUGGCCACCGUCACACCAAACACUAUGGAAGUGGAGGUGACAGUAAACAAACAGCUAGUGGCUUUGCCUUACAAGAAAUUCGGUGUGCUCAUCUACAAGUCAGGCAUAAACAGCGUGGUGGAAAUCCCUGAACUGAAGAUGAAUGUGACCUACAAUGGCUUGUCCUUCUCCAUCAAGAUGCCCUACAGCCUGUUUGGCAACAACACUCAAGGACAGUGUGGUACCUGCAACAACAAUACUGCAGAUGACUGCAUGCUGCCAAAUGGGAUGAUUGCAGAAAACUGUGAAACCAUGGCAGAUCACUGGCAAGUUGUUGAUCCCUCCAAACCACAGUGCUCUCCAGGAUUAUCUCCUACAAAGUCACCCAGCAUAACCACGGUGCAGCCUUGCAAAGAAUCUGCCAUCUGUGAGCUGCUUCGGGGAAGUGUGUUUGAGCCAUGCCACGGUGUCGUCAACCCGGACAAGUACUACGCAGCCUGCGUGUUUGAUAGCUGUGUGCUGCCCAACUUAGACCUGGAAUGCUCAAGUCUGCAGAUCUAUGCUGCCACCUGUGCUGAUCAAAAUGUGUGCAUUGACUGGAGAAGCCACACCAAUGGUGUCUGCUGUAAGUAUUUGUGUCCCUCAGAGAAAGAAUACAGAGCAUGUGGUCCUAUUCAAGAGUCAACCUGCAAAUCAAGUCAACAAAAUGAAACUUCAACUAAGCAAGUGGAAGGCUGCUUCUGUCCCAAUGGAACUAUGCUCUAUGACUCCAGCAUGGAUGUCUGUGUCAAAACCUGCGGUUGUGUUGGAAUGGACAUGAUACCAAGAGAGUUUGGGGAAAGGUUUACAGUGGACUGUCAGGACUGUAUUUGCCUGGAAGGUGGGAAUGGCAUUGUGUGUGAGCCUCAUAGAUGUCCUCCACAAGAUCAGAGCACUUGUGAUGGAGAAGGUUUCUAUAAGGUCAUUGUGGUCAACUCUGAAGAUCCCUGCUGCCCCAUCAACUCCUGCAAAUGCAACGCAAGCCUGUGCACAUCUAAAGCUCCCAAGUGUAGUCCAGGAUUUGAAGUUCAAUCUCAUAUUCCCAGUGGCAAGUGCUGUCCUGUGUACCAGUGUGUUCCCAAGGGAGUUUGUGUACAUGGGAAUGCUGAGUUCUUGCCUAAUUCCCCAGUCUUUGUUGACAAGUGCCAGAACUGUCUCUGCACUAGCAAUGUGAACUCCAGCACUCAGCUGAACAUCAUCUCGUGUGAACACGUUCCGUGCAACACAGUUUGUCAGCCAGGCUACGAGCUUCAGGCAGUGAAAGGUGAAUGCUGUGGAAAAUGUGUGCAGACUAAGUGUGUCAUACGUACACAGAGCAACUCCAACCUCAUCCUGAGUCCUGGGGAGUUCAAAAACGAUCCUCGCAACAACUGCACCAUCUAUAGCUGUAUAAAUAUCCAGGACCAGUUCAUCUCCUCCACAUCUGAGAUCACCUGCCCAGCAUUCAAUGAGGAAAGCUGCAAACCUGGAACCAUCGCAUUCUUGCCCAACGGUUGCUGCAGGACCUGUGCACCUCUGGAUAGCCCCACGCCGUGCUCUGUCCGCCACAGGACUGACUUCCUCGUCUACAGGGGCUGCCGCUCUCUGGAGAGAGUUGUCAUGACUGAGUGUGAAGGAACAUGUGGAACCUUCUCCAUGUACUCUGUUGAGGCCAAUUCCAUGGAGCACAGCUGUUCCUGCUGCAGGGAAUCAAAGGCUACAAUGAAGGAAGUGACACUGAAAUGCCCCCACGGGCACACCAUCACACAUAAGUAUAUGUAUGUGGAGAGCUGCAGCUGUCAAGAUACUGAGUGCGAAAUCUCACAGGAGAAGCAGAACAAGGAAGAAAACGACGCUGCGAGCGCUCUGAACCGCCUCAAGAGGGCCAUCAGCUUAGCCUCAAAAUGA